GUUAAUGAGUGACAGCUGAUUACCUACUUAGUGAAAGUGCGAAAUGUCUCGACUGGUGAUUUUUUGUGCUGUGUGUUUAUUCGUGUCCCAAGGGUCAGCUGAAGUCGCAUCAUGUUAUGCAUGUGCGGGACCCUUAUCUGAAUGUACUUUUAACAACCGAUCAGAUUUUCUCAAAAUGGAUUGUAACACGUUUAAAGUUGAAGGAAAUAAAAGUUUAAUUGAAAGGAGUUCGCAAGCUGAUCUUUUGGAACGGUUUGACAGUGAAAUAGGAGGAGCAAAGGACAUUUCAGAUAUUGGGUGUAUUACCUUGACAUUCACUCAUGAUAGUGAUUCGCCGAAAGAGCGAGCUUUGAAAAGCUGCGUCCCUGCCAAAGUUUUUGAUACAGAUAUUUGUACUUAUAUGGAAGGGCUUGUUGAUUUUAUUGAUGGACAAAUAUCUGAUUGUCAUUUUUGUAAAAGUGAUGAUUGUAAUUCGGCAAUUUCAAAUUUGAUAAGUGUAACUUUGCUAAUGUUUGCUUGUGGAUUCCAUGUAUGGUUUAGCGUUUAAUUUUCAGCAGAACACUGCAGUAGGUAGGUCUCUUUCAAUUCCUUAUUUGUAUUUUUUUUUAAUAAAAAAUUCUGUCUCGAUUUUAUUAUA